GUAGCACAUGCACGGUGUACAUGCCCGGUACUGUACUGCUGUUGUCAUCUGUUUCCGUCGAUCCUUUUUUUGACUUUUCGAAAAAAACGCCAAAUACGAUGGCUGACGACAGCUGGGCGAAACAAGUAGAUGACCAGGAAAAGGCGCAACUUGCAGAAAAGAUUAAAGACUUGAAGGUUACUUUAACUAAAUCUCCAAACAAUGCUGCAGAUGGAGGCGGCGAUGCUGCAGCUGGUGUAAGGAGUGUUGAAACUACUAAAGUCACUAACAAAGACGAUAGAUUGAACGAGUUAAGUCCUCCCAAACAGAACAGAGCAAAUGAUAGUGACACUAGUGACAAAGAUGAACCAGAAAUCAGUACAGCAGAUGUUUCCCUUAUAAGAAAGAAGUUACGAGACAAGCUGGUAAACAUCAAACAUGAAGUGGAAGUUUUAAGAAAAGAUCCCAAAUCACCGUUAUAUUUUGUAAAAUCAUUUGAAGAACUUCAUCUUCGUCCAGAGCUAUUAAAAGGCAUAUAUGGUAUGGGAUUCAAUUGGCCGUCAAAGAUUCAAGAAACUGCACUGCCCAUGUUAUUAGCAGAUCCGCCAAAAAAUAUGAUUGCCCAGUCUCAGAGUGGUACGGGUAAAACAGCAGCAUUUGUACUAGCUAUGUUGAGUAGAGUGGAUCCUACGUUGAGAUAUCCUCAGGCUGUAUGUUUGGCACCCACGUAUGAAUUGGCUUUACAGAUUGGUGAGGUAGCAGAAAAAAUGGGAAAAGAUAUUCCAGAUCUGUACUGCAGAUAUGCAGUGCGAGGAGAACGUCUUGCCAGAGGUCAGCGAAUAUCAGAACAAAUCAUCAUUGGUACACCAGGAACCACUCUUGAUUGGGCUAUUAAGUAUAAGUUCUUUGAUCCUUCCAAAGUCAGAGUUUUUGUUCUCGACGAAGCAGAUGUGAUGAUAGCCACGCAGGGUCAUCAAGACCAAUCUAUCAGAAUACAAAGCAAUACGGAGUUGUUCACUUUUUACUUCACCUUUCUUGAUACUAGGAGAACUGUAUCAUGGUUAGCAGAACAGAUGUCUAAGGAAGGCCAUGCAGUAGCUAUAUUAUCUGGUGAUCUCACAGUGGAACAACGUGUCGCUGUACUCAAUAGGUUUAGAGAAGGAAAAGAAAAAGUUCUUAUCACAACCAAUGUGACAGCUAGAGGCAUUGACGUUGAACAAGUCACUUUGGUCGUCAACUUUGAUGUUCCAGUUGACGUGAAUGGCCAUGCAGAUUGUGAAACGUAUCUCCAUAGAAUUGGCAGAACUGGACGAUUCGGUAAAUCAGGUAUAGCUAUCAAUAUGGUGGACGGUCCACGGGCCAUGGGUAUAAUGAAGAAAAUAGAAGAGCAUUUUGGAAGAAAAAUUUCAAGAUUAAAUGCAGAUGACAUUGAUGAAAUUGAAAAACUUGAAGCUUGAGGCACCCAGGAUAAAUAAGGAAUUUAAUUUAGUGAAACACAUUACGUUACAAUUACAUUUACCAUUAAUUUAGUUUUAGCUGUUCAUAUGGUUCCUUAUAUGAAGAUCCCUGUAUUGGUACAAGGCAUAUCAAUUUGAUUUCCAGUUCUCCAAACCUUCACUGAUACUGAUUUAACUCAACGUUUUAGCAUGUUGUUACAAUGUGGACAUCUGGAUCUUGGUCACAAAAUAGGUUGUCUUGACUUGAUAUUCUAAUGACAGUCUUCUUAUUUAUAUAAGAUGCUACCAGUAUGUUCUCUUUAAACUAAAUGCUAGAUAUGUACACAAGACCUAAUUUGCAUAUGUUGGCAAUCUAAAUGCUAGAUAUGUACACAAGACCUAAUUUGCAUAUGUUGGCAAUCUAAAUGCUAGAUAUGUACACAAGACCUAAUUUGCAUAUGUUGGCAAUCUAAAUGCUAGAUGUGUACACAAGACCUAAUUUGCAUAUGUUGGCAAUCUAAAUGCUAGAUAUGUACACAAGACCUAAUUUGCAUAUGUUGGCAAUCUAAAUGCUAGAUAUGUACACAAGACCUAAUUUGCAUAUGUUGGCAAUCUAAAUGCUAGAUAUGUACACAAGACCUAAUUUGCAUAUGUCAGCAAUCUAAAUGCUAGAUGUGUACACAAGACCUAAUUUGCAUAUGUUGGCAAUCUAAAUGCUAGAUAUGUACACAAGACCUAAUUUGCAUAUGUUGGCAAUCUAAAUGCUAGAUAUGUACACAAGACCUAAUUUGCAUAUGUUGGCAAUCUAAAUGCUAGAUAUGUACACAAGACCUAAUUUGCAUAUGUUGGCAAUCUAAAUGCUAGAUGUGUACACAAGACCUAAUUUGCAUAUGUUGGCAAUCUAAAUGCUAGAUAUGUACACAAGACCUAAUUUGCAUAUGUUGGCAAUCUAAAUGCUAGAUAUGUACACAAGACCUAAUUUGCAUAUGUAAGCAAUUUAAAGUACCCCGUAAGCUAAUUGGCCAACCAACCAAAAAACCCUUGUAGGAAAAAAACUAUAUGCUGUCUGUAUGUAAUAUCUUUUGUAUAUUGCACCUCCAAGAAAUUCAGUGUUUAGCCCUAAUUUGACCCAAGUCAAUGCAAAAGUAUAAGGGUUAAAGCAGCAUUCUUAUUGGAACUCUGCAUGCGUUUAUUCUACUGUUCUAUUAUUCACAGCUCAAAACAUAAAUAUUGAUUAUGGAUAGGACCAGAGGUACAUUACUUGGGGUUUGCAACACGCAUAGUACUGUAUGGUGACAUCAUGCCAAGAUCCCAUUCAAGUCUCAUCUCGUAGAUAGCAAGACUGAUGCUACGACCUUCUGACAUGACAUAGGUGGUUUGUAAUAAAAAAAUAAAACAUGUAUUACAUUCAUAGUGAAAAAAUGUAAUGCAUCGAAAAUGUACAGAAAAUGUCGUAAUCCGUCAUAUCGUGAGCAGCUAUUUUGAUCCACCUGGACAUCCCAGUAUCCUAGUUACCUUGGGCAUGCGCAUUCACAUUUUUCUGAGUUGGACCGCUUAUGCGAGAGCGAGAUUGAAACGGGAUCUUGGUGUCAUGUCACCGUAGUUGCAAACCCCAAGUAAUGUACUUCUGAUAGGACUUGUGUACAUCACUAGAGUACUUUAUUGGCACAAAAACUCUUUAAAUAUGAAACAUAAUUUUGAAUUUGUAGCAUAUCUCUGAAAACUGAUCACUAACACAUGUUGUGUGAGCCGCCCCUACGCACAUCUGGUGACAGUGCAGCUUUUCUAACACUUAUGUGGUCAAGCCAAUGUGACAAGAUUAUGUUCUAGCGGCUGGUUUAUAUUAUUUUAAUCCAUGUCACACCAAGUCAAGAUUAUCUUUGUUACACAAAAUGAGUGAACUCAAAGUGAUAAGACACAUUUAUGAUAAGUGUGCAAAUAGCUGAAGAAUUUGAAAAACCUAAAUUGAUCACAAAUUGUUUACAUUUCUUUCCUGGACUUAAAUGAUACUUGUACAUGUGGGGGUGCCUAACUAACUGGUGGGUGCUUGUACUGAUGCCAAUCUAGAUAAUUAUGUAAACCAUUCUUGUGGGUACUGUAAAUGCAUUAAUGAUUCACUCAGUUUUAAUUUUGUAAUGUUAAAAAAGUUAAAUCCACUAAAUUAAAUCUAUGUGAACAUCAUUGUUUCCAUGACAAAUUCUUGAAAUUAAAACACAGUGAAUAUCCUCAAAACAUCAAAAUAGUGAAAGUAAAUGGUUUUACAGUAAUAAUACUAGUAGAAAACUGUACUUGUACAAUUCAUACUGGGUGUAUACCAUGUUGGUGCGAAACACUGCUACAGCAAAACCUAUUUGAUGGAUACUUUACUGAAAAAUGAAUUUUGGCAUAAAUUACUAGUAUACAGGAACUCCAACAUUAUAAAAUACUCACAAAAACAAGAUAUUAAUGUGGCAAUAUUUAGCAGACCAUUGAGUCACAUCAACUUCAGCUUUGAAAAGCGACUUAAAAGUGUUGCAAUUUUGAAUGUACUUUAAACAGUUUUAGCUUAAAUUAGUUGAUUUUAAUCAAACUCAGUUGUGAUGGAGUGAUGACUAAUCGAUGGCUUGUUUAGUGAAGUAAAAUUUAUGCUGCCAUUUUGUAACUUCACCAAACAGGUCUAACAUACAUGCAACAAUGUAUUGAUACUAUGUAUUAUAUUUUAAAUACUGUACUUUUGAGUUGUGAUUUUCAUUUUUUUUGGUACAAAGUUCUUCCGAGCCGAUAAAGUUCUAAUUUCUUCUGAAACAAAGUGUAUGGAAGUAAAAAAUGAUACCCUUCUCAUGUAUCUACUCACUGUAUCUU